CAAGCUGUUCAAGCUGUUCAGGGAACAGCUGUCGGUCGGUUUUUGUUGGCGAGCGACCGUUGGGGGAGUCAUCCGCCAUGCCGAACUUCACCGUGGAUCAGAUGCGACAGAUCAUGGACAAGACGGAUAACAUCCGCUCCAUGAGUGUGAUCGCGCACGUGGAUCACGGGAAAUCGACUUUGACCGACUCCUUGAUUUGCAAGGCGGGCAUCAUCUCCGCCAAAGCCGCAGGCGAUGCGCGCUUCACUGAUACCCGGGCCGACGAGCAGGAGCGAGGAGUGACCAUCAAGAGCACAGGAGUGUCGCUGUACUUCGAGCACGACGAGGAAGAUGGAAAAGGAAGCAUUCCCCACUUGAUCAAUUUGAUUGAUUCGCCAGGGCACGUGGACUUCUCCUCGGAGGUGACCGCCGCGUUGCGCAUUACGGACGGUGCCAUGGUGGUGGUCGAUUGCAUCGAGGGCUGCGCCGUGCAGACGGAGACGGUCUUGCGACAGGCUCUGCAGGAGCGAGUCAGACCAUGCCUUUUCGUGAACAAAGUUGACCGCUGCAUCUUGGAGUUGCAGAUGGAAGCAGAGGACAUGUACUCCCGUUUCCGCAAUGCUAUUGAGAACGUGAACGUCAUCAUUGCCACCUACAACGAUGCAUUGAUGGGUGAUGUGCAGGUGCAGCCUGAAAAGGGAACGGUUGCAUUUGGCAGCGGGUUGCAUGGAUGGGGCUUCACCACUGAGCGUUUUGCCAAGAUCUAUGCCCAGAAGAUGGGAGUGGAGAAGGAGAAGAUGAUGCAAAGGAUGUGGGGAGAUUCCUUCUUCAAUGCCAAGAAAAAGGUGUGGACAAACGUGCAGCAGCCAGAGGGUUGCACUGAGCCUCUGCAGCGAGCAUUCUGCCAAUUCAUCAUGGGGCCCAUCAACCAGCUGAUGCGUGCAAUCAUGAACGAUGACAAGGAGAAGUAUGAGAAGAUGAUGGGCACCUUGGGCAUUGUGCUGAAGGGAGAUGAGAAGGCCCUCACUGGCAAGCCGUUGAUGAAGCGAACCAUGCAGAUUUGGAUCAAUGCUGCUGACACCUUGCUGACCAUGAUUGUGACCAAGCUGCCUUCCCCGCGAACAGCCCAGAAGUACCGAGUGGAGAACUUGUACGAAGGUCCAAUGGAUGAUGCUGCUGCUUCAGGCAUCCGCAGCUGCGAUCCGGCAGGCCCUCUGAUGAUGUAUGUUUCGAAGAUGGUUCCCACCUCAGACAAGGGUCGCUUCUACGCUUUCGGCCGAGUUUUCUCCGGAACCAUUGCAACUGGACAGAAGGUUCGUAUCCAGGGCCCUUACUACAAGCCUGGAAGCAAGGAGGACUUGCAUGUGAAGAACAUUCAGCGAACUGUGUUGAUGAUGGGUCGUACCACGGAGCAGAUUCAGGAUGUGCCUUGCGGCAACACUGUCGCUCUGGUUGGCGUUGACCAGUACAUCCUGAAGUCUGGAACUAUCACCACUCUUGAGGAUGCCCACAACAUCGCUGACAUGAAGUACAGUGUGUCCCCUGUUGUGAAGGUUGCCGUGAAGGCCAAGGACGGCAAGGACUUGCCAAAGCUCGUGGAGGGCUUGAAGAAGCUGUCCAAGUCGGAUCCUUUAGUCGUGUGCACCACGGAGGAGAGCGGAGAGCACGUCAUUGCUGGAUGUGGUGAGCUUCACGUGGAGAUUUGCUUGAAGGACUUGAAGGAUGAGUAUGCUCAGUGUGAAUUCAUUGUCUCUGACCCAGUGGUGUCCUACCGCGAGACCGUGAGCGAGGAGUCCACCCAGACGUGCUUGGCCAAGUCGCCCAACAAGCACAACCGCAUCUACCUCAAGGCCGAGCCCAUGGAUGAGGAGCUCAACAAGGCCAUUGAAGACGGACCUGCUGGCCCCAAGGCAGAUCCCAAAGAGCGAGCCAAGCUCUUGACUGAGAAGUUCGACUGGGACAAGCAGGUGGCCCAGACCAAGAUCUGGUGCUAUGGCCCUGAGACCGAUGGCGCAAACAUUGUGGUUGAUGCCACGGUCGGUGUGCAGUACCUCAUUGAGAUCAAGGAGCACGUGAACAGUGCCUUCCAGUGGGCCACAAAGGAAGGGCCCCUUUGCGAGGAGAACAUGCGAGGCAUUCGAUUCAACUUGAUGGAUGUGACCUUGCACACUGAUGCCAUCCACCGUGGUGCUGGACAGAUCAUGCCUCCAACUCGAAGAUGCUGCUUUGCUGCAGAGCUCACGGCCAAGCCAACUUUGCAGGAGCCUGUCUUUUUGGUGGAGAUCACUUGCCCACAGGAGGCCAUGAGUGGUGUCUACAACUGCAUGAACCUGCGCCGUGGUUGUGUUUUUGAGGAGAAUCAGAGGGAGGGUACUCCUUUAGUCCAGGUGAAGGCGCACUUGCCAGUGUCCGAGUCGUUUGGUUUCGUGGCUGCCUUGCGACAGGCCACCAGUGGUCAGGCAUUCCCCCAGUGCGUUUUUGAUCACUGGGAGAACCUGCAGGGCAAUCCUUUGGACAAGGGCAGCAAGAUGGAGGAGUUGAUCCUGAACAUCCGCAAGCGUAAGAACCUGAAGGUCGAGAUGCCUGCCUUGGGUGACUACUUGGACAAGCUCUGAGAUGACUUGCUAGGACAGAUCUUUGAGUGGGCAGAUGUCAAUUAAGACCCCCAAAAAAACAGCGCUUGGUCGUCAGCGCAUUCCAGUGAUGGCGUGGGGGGUCAG